UCCAACGUAUCUUUUACAGCAGGAUAUUAUUCUGACGAUAAUGGAGGUGGGUUUACGAAAUUAUUGUUCCUGAGCGGAGAUCCACUGCAGUUAUGGGUAGAAUAUGACGGUGCCRAAACGCAACUUAAUGUUACAAUUGCUCCUGCCGUGGCGACCAUGACCAAACCCAAUCGUCCACUCUUGUCUUUGAAACAAGAUCUUUCAGAGUUCCUCCUGGACAGGAUGUACGUGGGGUUCUCUGCAUCUUUCGGGGCUGUUCGAUCAGAUCAUGACGUAUUGGCUUGGAGCUUUAAGAUGAACGGACAGGCUGAAUCGCUCGAUCUGUCACGACUGCCAAAGCUCCCAAGUGGCCCAGGGAAGAAGCUACCAAUUUUGCCGAUUUCGUUGCCCUUUGUUGGUGUUAUUUGUGGGUUAGUGCUCGCCUGGCUAAUCAUUCUGUUUGUGAGGAAGAUAAAGUACAAGGAAGUGCUCGAAGAUUGGGAGCUUCAGUAUGGACCUCACAGGUUCUCUUACAGGAAUCUCUUUCUUUCCACCAAUGGUUUCAAAGACAACGAACUUCUGGGGAGAGGAGGUUUCGGUCGGGUCUAUAAAGGGGUGCUGCCCAAAUCAAAGAUUCAAGUUGCAGUGAAGAGAAUUUCUCAUGAUUCAACCCAAGGAAUGAGAGAAUUCAUCGCUGAGAUCGCAACCAUCGGCAGGCUCCGCCACCCAAACUUGGUCCGACUACUGGGCUACUGCCGGCGUAAAGGUGAGCUCCUCUUGGUUUAUGAUUUCAUGUCCAACGGCAGUCUCAACAAGUUCAUUUUCGACCGACCCAAGUUGGCGCUUAAUUGGGCACAGAGGUUCAAGAUCAUCAAGGACGUGGCUUCUGCUCUCCUUUAUCUGCACGAACAGUGGGUGCAGGUGGUCAUCCACAGAGAUAUUAAGGCCAGCAAUGUGUUAUUAGACAGUGAAAUGAACGGAAAGCUAGGAGAUUUUGGCCUGGCCAAGCUCAGCGAGCAAGGAGCCGAUCCACAAACUUCCUAUCUAGCCGGCACUCCCGGCUAUAUUGCACCGGAGCUGGCCAGAACCGGCAAAUCUAGCACGAGCACCGACCUGUUUGCAUUUGGCACAUUUCUGCUCGAGGUUGCCUGCGGCAGAAGACCGGUGGAGAUGGAGGAAGUUCCGAAGAAGAUAUUCCUGGUGGACUGGGUGACGGACUGUUGGGGGAGGGGAAACAUUCUGGAGACAGUGGAUCCGAAACUAGGGAAGGAAUUUGUGGCGGAGGAAGCGGAGUUGGUGCUGAAGCUUGGAUUGCUUUGCUCACAUCCUGCGGCCGAAGCCAGGCCGACCAUGUCUUCUGUAGUCAUGUAUUUGGAAGGUGAAGCUUCCUUGCCGAAGGAAUUCAGUGCAGAGGGGAUAGCGCAGGAGAAUAAAGUACGAAUCAGAGCAAGGUCUGAGUUGUUCGGUUCUUGGCUGCAAAAGGAUUCAACCCCAUCGUUAACAAUCACAGAGAAGUUCACAUCCAGCGGCCGUUGACCUCUGCACAUUCAUGGACAUUGAACAGAGGGCUUAAUUACUGUAAUUAAUUAACGUAGUUUAAGAGGAGAAAUUUAAGCCUUAAUUGAUACAGUUUUAUCAAACAUGUAAUGAUGGGUCUUGAUCAGAUUGGUGGGGCCCAGAGAGUUAUGGAUAUUUUGUCCCCAGGCCCAAUAAGCUUAGUGGGUUAGACACUGGCGUGUUGAAAAGCUUCCCAUCGAUUGGGCCACCUUAUUGGUUUCAAGGAUUGAUUCUUAUCCACAACAUUUUUCAUGAGCCUAUUGCACCCUUGUGAAGCUAGUCUGUUAUCUGGGUCAAGGUAUAGCUUUUGAGUCUGGAUAUGCUCCUCACCAGCCACAUCCCACUUUGUAUUAGAAACAUCUUUCAUGAAAAAUAACAAACAAAAAGUGGAGAUAUUCCCUAUGUGUGGCUGGAAUAUGUUGUAAAGUCAUUGAGAAGAGCGCUUUGUGAGAAAUAGAUCUUGAUUCAUAGCCUUUUGGGUCCUGUGGUCGGUAGAUUGCUUUUUCUCUUUUUUUUUUUUUUAUCUUGAUGUACACAUUAUACAAGAAUCUGAGCCUGAGGUGGGGACAAAGCAGCCCAGCAGAUAUAUCAUGUAAAACUUGCACGAGUUUUAUUGCACACCUUUUAUUUUGGAGGAACGGUGAAUGGCCAUCAAAACUAUUGAGUCA